AUGGCGGCCGAGCAGAUGACGCCGUACGAGUCGCGGCAAAUGCGCCGGCGGCGGUGCCGGCUCAUGUGCCUCUACGGCUGCCUCCACGCAUGCCGAUUGAGGGACCUGGUGAUCAACAACGUGGCGUUUAAGCCGCCAUCUAGGCGCGGAUACGCCAUAGACAAGUACGGAACGUUCCUUCUGAAGAAGGGCCACGGACCGCAUACCGGCGUGAGCAGCACGCUAGGGCUGUACGGGAUCGACCUGUUCCACACCUUCCUCCGGGGGGCGCGCAACCAGCGCAUAUCCGUGAUCGUUAUGCGCCACCGGCCCCGUUCCGGCGACGAGGAGGAGGACGACGAGCCGCGCGUGAGGGAGGACCGGGAGCUCAUCGUGUUCAGCCACGGCAACAGCACCGACAUCGGCUACAUGUUCACCGCGUACGUCAACCUGUGCAAGGUGCACGACGUCGACCUGCUCGCGUACGACUACAGCGGGUACGGGCUGUCGGACGGCAGCCCCGGCGAGCGCGUCAUUUACGAGAACAUCGAGGCCGUGUACGAGUACGCGCGGCGGAAGCUGAAGGUGCUGCCCGAGCACAUCGUGCUCUACGGCAACUCGCUGGGCUCCGCGCCGUCGUGCUACCUCGCCAGCAUGCCGGAGAAAUACCCGAUCGGAGGGCUGGUGCUCGACGCGCCCCUGGCCUCCGCAAUCCGGCUGCAGGUGGGCCACGUCGCCUACACCCCCAAGUUCGACGCCUUCACGAACGUGGAGUACCUCAAGACCAAGAGCCUGUACCCGACGCUGAUCAUCCACGGCACUGUGGACAGCGUCAUUCCGGUGCAGCAGGCGCGUGAGCUGGCGUUUGUCGUGGAGGUCCGUCACGCCGAGCUCAUGCAGAAGCAGGACGAGCAGGUCACGGACCUCACAGAAUCCGACGACGCCGGCCGCCUGAGCCCCAGCGACUACGGCAAGCGCGGGUACAUCGAGCUGACACGAACUCCCGAGGACUACCUCCGCACGUGGUGGGUGCCGGGAGCGGGCCACAACAACAUACAAGUCGACAACAUGACGACGUACAAUCGCAACUUGGAUAUCUUUUUCAAAAUAUGCAGGAGAUGGAGAAACGACAGAAAACUUAAGAUGCAGCGUUAG